AUGCUGGCCUGGCCGGACGGCGGGGCCACUGCGGCCCCCUCCCCGCGCCGCCUGUCCUUCUCGGUGCGCGACAUCCUGGACCCGCACAAGUUCACGCGCGCCCCGCGCCCCGCGCCCCGCACAGCCCGGCCAGGUCCCGCCGAACAGCUGGCGGCCCUGGAGAGCAAGUUCCGCGCCAGCCGCUACCUGUCGGUGUGCGAGCGGCUCAACCUGGCGCUGGCGCUCAGCCUCACCGAGACGCAGGUCAAGAUCUGGUUCCAGAACCGCCGCACCAAGUGGAAGAAGCAGAACCCGGGUGCCGCCGACGGCGGGGCGCAGGCGGGGGGCGGCGCAGCCCAGCCCGGGGGGGCGGCGGCGGGGGGCAGCCCGGCCCAGCCAGGACCCCCGGGUGCCCCCGGCCCUCUGCCUUUCCAGACUUUCCCGCCCUUCCCCGCCGCCAGCGUCCUUUUCCCGGCCUCCGCGCCCUUCCCGCUGCCUGCCGCCGCGGGGGGACCCUUCACCCCCUUCCUGGGUGCCUCCUACCUGCCCCCCUUCUAUGCCCCGCGCCUGUGAGCCCCGGCCCCCCCACCCGGACGCGCCAGAGCUCGGAGGGACCCGCCCCCAUCCCGGUGAGCGGGUGUCCUUGCGCCCCUCCCUCCAGCAGGUGCACUCAGAGUGGGGGACCGGGAGGCCUCCCUGGAUCUCCCCUCCGGCCCACCGGCGUGGUCAGCACACCGGUCCAGGACUGUCGCCUUUGAAUAUCGAGAGACUGAGCUGACCACCAGGCUACCCGCCCUCGUCACUUUGGAUCUGGCUCCCUUCAGCACCGAGGAUUCUUAGUGAGGCUGCGGUCCGGCGCAGGGGAGCAGGCAGAGGUCCUGGGAGCGCCCGCCUCGCCUCCCUUUCCCAAGGGUGCUUCCAAGGCUGUGGUUUGCUGUCCCUUUCGCCUUCGCCUUGGUCCCUGCUCACCGCCCUGAACUGGGGACAGGUGGCUGGGGACGCAGCUCUGCCUCGAAGGGCCGGCACCCACCUAUGGAGGUCUUUGCUUCGGACUGGGACACCAGUGCAAUUCUUGUUCCGAACAGGCUCUCCACACGCCAUACCCAAGAGCGCCGGACCCUGUCUGUGAAA